UGGUGGAUUCGUCAAUAGCGGCGGCCGGCGGGGAAGUGAAUGUGUUUGUUGUUCUUCUCCUCAAUAGUGUGUUAGAAAAUGUGUCGACGUGCAAACUACUUUUAAAAGUGUGCUGCCAUGAAUAAUGCGUUUCGAACUUUGGAAGUGUUAGUUUGAUAAAGUGUGCAGAUUAGCACCGAAAUUUCGCUCAUUCAUUAGCACGCGCAGGCGUGUUAUUUAGUGCGAUCAUCGCACAUCGAACGCAACGCAAACUGCCGAAUUCCAUUUCAAUUCAAAUCGUUAAUGACAUAGAAACUCGAAACUUUCUUCGAAAUCGAACACGGUGCGGUGUCAAGUGUGGCUGCGAUCGCUGCGAGUUGCGGUGAGAGCGCGGCCCGAAUGCGACCGGUCGGCCCCACCGCCGCGCACACGCCGCUCAGCGCCGCCGACGUCGCGACGCACCCGACCGCCGCACGCCGAUCUCGCCGCUCGCUCGUAAAUAAAAAAGUCGCGAUCGUAAACGAAAAAUGUUUGUGUGAAGUGUCGUCCUUGUUGUGAUAUAACGAUCAAGGAUUGAGAGCAGUUGAUACAACUGCAGGAGUGUGAUUCUCGCACGGAAUGGAGACAGGGGCGGUGGUUAAUGAAUUCGUAACAAUAGUGCCGGUGGGUGAAACUAAGCCUGCCGAUAAAGAGCCCGCGUUUGUCACAGUCCUUACCUUAGGCGCGGAAAAGGGUGCUGCUGAAAUAAGUAUCCGCAGGCCGAAGGGAGCGCGCCUAGGACUGGGACUUAAAUUUGAGGGAGGCUCCGCUGCUUCGGAAAAAGUGAGAAGGCUCCUGGUACAGUCAUGCGCAGAAGACAGUCCGGCUGCAAACGCUUGUGCUCCUUGGGGUAAACUCAUACCCGGAGAUGAAAUUUUGGCUAUCGAUGGUGUAUCUGUUUCUGAAUUAACGAGAAUAGAAUGCGUGCGACGGCUUAAGGACUCCGAUGAAAUACUAAAGCUUUUAGUAAGACACUUUGAAGUCGAACCGAUAACUCAAAGUGAUCACAGCAUAAUGGAAAAAGUAAUAAAAGACCAAACUGAUUCUGGUCGUCCAACGAUGCUGCCGCCACCAGUGCCACCACGAAAGUUAGGAAAAAAAAACUCUUUCAAGGACAAACCUACUUUGCAAACUGUCGGGGAGCAAAAUGCGAUUCUCAACAUAGACGGGCAAAAGCAAGGUGAUGGUGGCAAAGACUUAGGAAAUCGGCAAAAUGGAACUCUACCCGCAAAUAACAAGUUGUCAAGAAAAUCAUCUUUCGAUAGCCAUUUGCUAAGACAAAAUAAAGACAGUUUCGCUUAUUUAAGAAAAGGUUCACCGGAAGAAGCUAGGCGUUUAGUCCGACGUUUAUCAGAUGGAAAAACAAUUCCACCGGACGCAGAAGUUUAUGUUGACUUGUUAUCAAAUGAAUGGGAAAGGUGUCUUAUUCUAGCAGAUGCUGAAUCUGAUGAUACAGGUAGCUCUAUUUCUACUGUGGUCGACAGACUCGGUUCGAUGGCAAGUUCGGUUGAAAAUAGUAUACCGUCUACUCCUGUUAUGCAACCGAAGUCUAUAGAUAUACAAAAAGUAUUAAACAGCAUUGAAAACAUCGACACUGAUUUACUUAAAGAUAUGAGAAACGCAAAAUUCAUGGAUAAGCCUAAAAAUCUUAUAGAUGAACCGAGAAAAAUCGUGGAAAAAGUUUCUACGGUCAAUAUAACAAGCAACAACGAAAACUUAACACAAAGUAAAUCAUCCUCGGAAAAAAUAAGUUCAAAAUCAGUCGAAACCAAUGAUAAAAAUAACAACAAUACAAAAAUAUCAUCAAAUAGAGAAAAUCUUGAAAAAUCUCAAUCGGCACCUAACAAAAGUGACCAGUACGUACCAGUGGAUAAGCCAAAACCUAUGCCUAGAAAUACGAAAAUCGAACGAUCCGCAAGCGAAAAGAAACGUAGACCAGCACCUAUCCCUGAAGUGCUUACAUCACCUUUACCUGAACCACUUUUAACACCAACUAAAAAAACUUGUAUAGAAACAUGGCUCCAGCAUUCCGAAGCUGAAAUGAACGAAUCUUUGAAAGAUAAAGUUGAAUCAAAUCCUGUGCCUGAAAUUUUGCCGCGCCUCAUUGACUUUGUACCUAAAACUCAAUUCAAAGAAAGUGGAAAUGAGAGUACUGCUACAACUUGUACGCGACCGACCGUGCCGCCUCCACCGCCUCCAGCAGAAACCAGAGAAGACGGCUCCGGGGCUUCUUUGGAUACGAUCGGCGAGCUCGACGAGCCAAGUGACGUCACAGAUAAUGCGGUACAGUCGACUGAAAGUGAAACGGAAAAGAGUAAAACCUACGACAGAAGCUUUUGGAACGACCGAGUCAACAAAAGCGACAUAGAAGAUAAGAGCCUCUCGAACGAUGAGUCACCAUUGCCUACCUGCCCGAGGCAGCCCCCGGACGGAGUGGAGACUCCUUCAGAAACUGUGGAAAAGAUUCCUGAACUACCUACAAGGCUUCCGCCAUCUCGUUUAUCGACAGGAUGGACUAGCACCCGUCCUCGGUAUUCCUACUCUUCGAGAACACAAGAUGCGAGAAGUGAAGCUAGCGUGAAAGACAAGAUCGCUAUGUUUUCAGUAGAAUCUGCGUCAACAGACUGUGUCGAUAAAUGUAGCACACUUCCUACGAGAUCCUAUUCCACAUUAAGAAAAAAUGUAACUCCAUAUAAGAGCAGUUAUGUUGAGGUAUCCUCUUUGGAUCGACGAUUGACCAAGUCUCAAGAUAACCUAGACGAAACACCCCGUUCAUACAAAAGACAGACUGAAAGGCCUGAAGUUUUAGGUGCCCUCAAAACAAAUAUAAGCACAAACAUAGUAAACAAACCCCAACAAAAAUCUAACAUAAAUGACAAACCUCUGUUUUAUGGAAGUACAACUAAUUUGCAGUCGGAUACCUCGUUUAUGCGUCCCGUGUAUCACGCGAGAAGUAUUAGUGACGACACGAGCAAGAAAGAUAUAUCUUCUCAUAAAUCUAAUUUAGAAUAUUUAAUUGAACAAAGGAAGAAGUCGAUGUCCAAACUUAGAGGACUAGUGAUACCUGAAGUACAAACGGCUGUUGUAGAUUUACCAGAAAUAAAAGUGAAGGAUUCCUUUUCUAAAAUAUAUUUACAGAAUUUAAGUUACACAGAUAACAAGAAACAGCAGACAUCGAAUGAUAAUGGUCGCAUAAAUCUUUGUGAAAAUAAAUGGAAAUCCAAUCUAUUACCUAAUAACAUUCCGAAAUAUUCUCCAGCAUUUAAGCGUAAAUCAUUACAAGUCUAUACUUCGUUAUCUAAGGAACCUACACCUGAACGUAAAAUAUUAGAUAAGACUGAACUAUCGAGUAAAAAAAUUGGUAGUCCCAUAUCUAUAGAAAGUAUGAAGAAAACGUAUGAUUACAAUAAAUCUCCAUUGUACAAGACCACUAAUUACAUACUAAGUAAAGAUUACAGCAAAAACAAUCUCAAUAAUUCUACGCAAGAUUAUAAAAAUGUGGAGAUAAAAGUUUGCACAGCUACUGACAUAGUAGAUAGUGAUAACGAUUCUGCUAUGAGUUCGACACAAUCUAGCUAUAGAUCGUCCGCAUCUUCACCCAUGUAUACUUUGGAUACGAUAGAAUCAGACAACUCUCGUUUAUCUCCUAGAAUUUCAAAUUAUUCGAAUUAUUCUAUGGUCAAACAUGAAGUUCCUAUUAAAACAUACGUUGCCGAAAAGGUGACGAAUGAUGACUUUAUAAAACGUAAAGUGUGCCGCUCAAUGUCAUCGGAUACAAAUAUAUCUCUCAGUUCAUCGGCAGGCUCUGCUGCAACAUCCGGAUCACAAGCCAGUUGUAGUUCCCUAGAGAGCUCUGUAGCUGACUCAGAUAAGAGGAGAGUUUCAAAAACGUAUAAUGUCGAUACUAUCAAUCGAAGGAAUAUUCUCGCUUCGGCUAAAUGCAGAAGCGGAAGGGACGCAAAACUAGAGUCACCUGUUCUUGAAACAAAAUUCUCACAUGAGUCUUAUAACAGAUCUCCCAGUCCAAUAAACAAGUCGUCUGAAUGCCUUUCCACGCUCACAUCUACAGUGAGCGCUAUAGCGAAUAAAGGCGAAAACAGACGGAGGAACAAAUUUAUACUGGAAUCUGAUUCAGACAGUGAUAGUGAGAAAAACAUGCGUGUAAGAAAAUCAGAAUAUAAAAAUUCCCGUCUAAAACGCAAUUCAAGUACAAACAAAAAACAGAAUGAAGGCGUGUGUGAAAAUGGAAAAGUGGAACAGAAAUCAAGUUUUGAUCGGGAAGAAAUUGUUAAAGAAGUAAAAAAGAUCGCCACAAAUGGAAAAUUCCAAAUUAAUGGCAACACGAACAAAACAGUUAACAAUAGGAAAGAGGUCGAAGAACUCUAUAAAGGGAUACCCUUGCAACACCGAACUAGUGAAUUAAUUACUACCAACAAUUCUCUACGAGAUGAUAUUCCGCAAGCUACUACUAAAGUAGGAAAAAUUUCCAACAUCAAUACUACUUCUCAAAAUAUAUCCACUCAAACAUUCCGUCUCAGGAAAGGGUCUGCUACUGGCGUUGGGCUCAUAUUAGCUGGAGGAACUGACUGUGAAGCCAAGGAUGUUACGGUGCACCGAGUACUAGUAGACGGCAUAGCAGCAAAAGCCGGCAUAAGAAGGGGUUCGAAAGUUCGCAGUAUAAAUGGCAACUUAAUGUCAGGAUUAACACACGCGCAAUCUGUUUCUAUACUUAAGGAGCAACGUGCGGAAGUUGUUAUUGAAAUCGAAAAUGAAAACUUUGAAAAAGACAGCAACACUGAUUGCGGCUCUGAAGAUGCGGAGUCGAAAGGAGUAGACGCAGCCAAUGGAAAACUCGAAGCAAAUUCAACACAGUCUAUAGUGACUGUUUUGCUUGAGAAAAUUGGUGGUGGAGCUGGGCUAGGAUUUGGUUUGGAUGGAGGAAGGGACUCACCUCAAGGCGAUAGGCCUUUGACUAUAAAGAAACUCUUUGCUGGAGGUGCAGCGGCUCAAAGUGGUCGUGUGAUGGUAGGCGCAGAGCUCCUGUCCGCAGGUGGUCAGUCCAUGGAGGGCUACACGAGGACCCAAGCGUGGGCCGCGCUGAAAGCACUCCCUCCUGGACAAGUUGCGUUGGUACUCAGAAAUCCGACCAAUUCAGAUGGAGAAAAAUAAACCGAGGAUCGUGAACUUAUUAGCUUUAAAUGUUUGGCAAAUGCUUUCAAUCUUUGAUGAUGAAAGAGUCACGUCAAAAGACAUUUUGAAAGCAAAAAAUAUCAUUGACAAGAAAUCACAUCAAAAUUUAAAGGAACGAGGGAAAUCAUUGAACUGCGAACUAAACAGUAUUGAAACGUCCGAAUCUGUGCCUACACGAAUUUUUACUAUAAUAAGUAGUCAUAAUAUUGAUUGAGUUUGUACAUAAUAAUUUAAGUAUAAUUCUAAAAUAUAUAAUAAAGACUGUAUUUUACGAUAAUAUAUUAUAAUUUAUUACUAUUGAUGAUGUAGUGCUAGUCGUAACGGUAGAUAUGAUGAGGUGCUUAUUUGUAUGUGCCUUACUCUCACUAUUUUCUAUAUUCUUAUCUUUAGCAUUGUGCAAGUUUAUCGUUACAGCGUGUUUGUCGUUACAGCAUAAGUAAAAUUUUGUAUUUCUGUACCCUUUAAAGGUUUAAUAAAGUCUUCUAAAAUCUAACGACUAACACUAGUGCCAUCUGGUAUGAAUUGAAGUAAUAUGGACUCACGUCAUAACCAGGACACGUAUUUUUGAUGCUUACAUCAUGCUUUCUAGCUUUUUUGUAAAAUAUUUAUUUACAAUUUUUAUUGUUAAGUAAAUAAUAUAUUUUUCUGGCUUAUUUAUUAAAAUUUUCCUUCUUGCCAAUGUAAAGCCCCGUCUUACCACUAACUUUAGUCUAGGCUUAAUAAUAUAAACGUAUACUAUUA